CAUUAAUCGAAUAAGAAGUAAAAAGUUAUUGCUAUUAUGAGACCUAUCAACAACAAUUCGGAGCAAAAUCUAAGUUGGUUAGAAGAAGAGGAAAAUGAUUAUUUUCAUAUGGAAUUCGAGGACAAUGAACAAUUCUCUGAUGCUGAAUCACGUCAUAGUGAACACGAUACUGACACUGAGCAGUCUGAAGAAUCUGGUGAAGCAGGCGAAGAUGAUCAAGGAGUUGAAGACAAUAAUAAAGAUACCUCAAAUAAUUAUACUCAGGAUGGAAAACGUCUUUUAUUAGGAAAGGAUAAGAAAACAAUAUGGUAUCACAAUCCACCUAACCACAGAGUAAGAACCAAAAAACAUAACCUCGUUAUUCGUGUACCUGGACCGAAAGGUGUUGCUAAAGAGGCAAAAACUAUUUUAGAGUGUUGGGAAUUGUUUUUUGAUAAUUCCAUGAUUGAAAAAAUAGUUAAUUAUACAAAUAUUUAUUUGCAAAAAAUUGCAUCACUGUAUCGUGGUCAAAGAGAUUCAACACCAACAAAUGUCAUUGAAAUUCGUGCUCUCUUCGGCUUGCUUUAUUUUCUUGGUAUGAGAAAAGCUGCACACUUAAACUUAAAAGAACUCUGGGCAACUGAUGGCACAGCACCAGAUCUUUAUAGAGCAGUCAUGAGUUAUGGUCGAUUUUGUACAUUAUUAUCAUCACUUAAAUUAGAUGACAUGAAUGAUCGGGAUGAAAGAAAGAAAAUCGAUAAUCUUGCAGCAGUUCGCGAGUUUUAUGAAAAAUUUAAUACUAAAUGUGAAGAAAAUUAUGUGCCAGGAUCGUGCGUCACUGUGGAAGAAAUGUUAGAAAGCUUUCGGGGAAGAUGCAAAUUUCGCCAGUAUAUACGAAACAAACCUACUAAGUACGGAAUUAAAAUAUAUUCUCUUGUUGAUUCAAGAACAUUUUAUACUGUGGAAAUGGAAAUUUAUGCAGGCAAACAACCACCUGGAAAAUAUGAUGUCUCUAAUUCGGCAUUUGAUGUUGUCAAAAGAAUUACUGCACCAAUACUGAAUACAGGAAGAAAUGUAACAUUUGAUAAUUAUUUUACAUCAGUUCCUCUGUUAUUAGAUUUAUUGAAGAAUCAUAGGACAACAGCUGUUGGAACCAUAAGAUUAAAUAAAAGGGAAAUUCCACAAGAUUUUCUAUGUGUUAAAAAUCGAGAAAUUUGUAGCAGUAGAUUUUUGUUUUCAGAUUGUAGUACGUUAAUGUCAUACGUACCAAAAAAAUCAAAAAAUGUUCUUUUGAUUUCAACUCUACAUAAUGAUGCUGUGAUUGAUAAAAGUACAGGUGAUAAAAAGAAACCUGAAAUUUUAUCAUUUUAUAAUGUAACCAAAGGAGCUGUUGAUACAGUGGAUGAAAUGAAAUCAAACUAUACUGUUGCUCGCGAGACACACAGAUGGCCCAUAGUCAUUUUAUACUCUUUUUUAAAUAUUGCUGUUAUCAAUAGCCACGUGAUUUGGAAAGCCAACACUGAAGUAGAGAAGACUACAAGAGAUUUCAUCAAAGAACUUUCAUCACAAUUGUUUCAACCUCAUCUACAAACACGGAUGCAAAUGUCAAACUUAAGCUUGGAUUUGCGUCGCAUCAUUUCAAAGGUCGGAGGAAUACCUGUAGUGACACAUGAACGAACAAGUGACGGAUUAUGUGGCUACUGUCCACGAAGAAAAAACAUAAAAACAAAAAAAAGUUGUUCCCAGUGCUCUGUUUGUAUAUGUCUGAAACAUACAAUUUUUUAUUGUUUAAAUUGUCAACCAGGCAAUAACAAUUUACACUAAUUAUUCGAAUAUGAUGUAUUCUUCUCCAAAUUCAGUUAAAAAAAUGUAUUAGGUAUUUAUAAAUAUCUAAGAUAAACUAGUCCAUAUAAUUGAGACAAAAAAAAUUAUAUGAGUUGCUCAAUUACUAUUAAUAUUAUUAUAUUGUUGCUCAAAUGACUGGAAAUAUAUUUGCUGUGUUAUUAGAUUAAUACAUA